GAAAGGGGAAGAGAAAGAGGCAGGAAAGCAGGACGGAGAGACAGAAAGCGAUAGAUAGCCAGGAAUAUAUUUAAUGCUAACUUUCGAGCAAUUAAAUGCGCCGAGGGGAUGGCGUAUCAUAUCUUUAGAGGUUUGAAACAACAUUUCUAGUCAUAGUUUUUGGAUUACUUUCGUCAUUGGCGACUUUUGCACCGUUUUAAACAUUGACGUGUGCAUUUUCCUUGUGCUCGCUGCGUGGACGGAGUUUUUGUUUUCCCUCUGGUGGAUUUGCCUUGAGAGAAAUGAGUGACAGAAGGCGAUCUGCUGCUGCUCUGAGCUCAAGAGCGCACGCCUUUUCGGUGGAAGCCCUGAUCGGGUCAAACAAGAAGAGAAAGCUCCGGGGCUGGGAGGAAAAGGAUCUGGAGUUGUCUAUGGAGAGCCUCGCCAACAACGGACAAUUAGGAGACGGCGACGACCCUGUGCAUUGUCUGGAUAUCGACCCCGGUCAGUGCAUAACCACCAUCACUUCAUAUUUUGGGUUUUUUGAAUAUUGUUAUGCUUCCAAAACAAAACUACGGAUUGGUCUAUCUCGCGGAAAAGAGGAAUACAGAAAAGGCUACUAUUUCAUCACCAUUUCAAAGAUAACUAGUUAUAACGUUUUCCUCAGAUAGGCCUACUAAUGUGGAAUAAUAACAUCUGUAGGCUAAUAGUUUCCAUAAAUAAUAUGGAUGUAGUUUAAAACGGCGUAACUAUUAUACCGUAAUAGUAGUGUUUUAACUUUGCAUAAAUUAUCAAAGGAGUUAACCAACCCCAAAUUAUUGAUUUUGUAUAAAUGCCAUCACUUUAACAAACGAAUAGGCCUGUCACUCCUCGGUCAGACCGACAGGGACAAUGCAUCAAUGCAUAAUACAUUCUGCAGUCAAACUUUAUUCAUAAAUACACAUUUUUUACUGGAUAUGUGAGCAACAAAAGUUCAACAUUCACCUUUUGCUGCUGUACUAAACAAAAAUAUAAACGCAACAUGCAAGAAUUGCAAAGAUUUUACUAAGUUACAGUUCAUAUGAGGAAGUCAGUCAAUGGAAAUAAAUGCAUUAGGCCCUAAUCUGUGGAUUUCACAGACUAGGAAUACAGAUAUAGAUCUGUUGGUCACAGAUAAUU